AGUGACGCCAUUUCCAGGCGUGCCGCGGCGGGCGGUGAAAUGUUCUGGAUACACUGAACUACACUUUGAAUUUCCUCAUUUCUACAUAUUCAGAACUUCAUUUAAAAAGUAGAAGACAAAAUGAAGAGCAGGGUGGCACAAAUAAAUCAUAGUUCCAGUUAUGAGAGGAAAGAAAGCUACAGUUCAUGCCAGAGAAGUUUGUCUCCAGAAGACAGGGAUAGGGAUGCAGAGCGUGACAGGUCUCCAUCUCCCAGAGAGAGAAGAUACUCUGAUGACAGCAGGUAUGAGGAAUAUUCAAGAAGGGACUACUAUGAUGACAGAACUUCAGAAGGAAGAAGGAUGGAAAGAGAGCGAGAUAGACACCAUGAGAAAUGGGGGGAAAGAGAAUCUGAUCGAAGGAGGCAGAGAAAAUAUUCAUCCCCGGAUCGUAGAAGUCCGGAGAGGUCGGUGCCCCAGAGCUCACUUCCUCAUGAUGAGCCUCCCUCAAAGAAAAAGAGAGAAGAGCUGGAUCCAAUCCUUACUCGCACAGGUGGAGCAUAUAUUCCACCUGCCAAACUCAGGAUGAUGCAAGAACAAAUCACUGAUAAAAAUAGCUUGGCUUAUCAGAGGAUGAGUUGGGAAGCUUUGAAGAAGUCAAUCAACGGUCUUGUCAAUAAAGUGAAUGUGUCUAAUAUAGAAAAUAUUAUUCAUGAACUUCUUCAGGAAAAUAUUGUUCGAGGAAGGGGAUUGCUGUCUAGAUCCAUUUUGCAAGCUCAGAGUGCCUCUCCAAUUUUUACCCACGUUUAUGCAGCUCUUGUGGCAAUUAUCAAUUCAAAAUUUCCAAAUAUUGGUGAAUUAAUCCUCAAGAGAUUGAUACUAAAUUUUCGCAAAGGAUAUCGCAGAAAUGAUAAGCAACUCUGUCUAACAUCUUCAAAGUUUGUUGCACAUCUGAUGAAUCAGAAUGUGGCUCAUGAGGUUUUAUGUUUGGAAAUGCUCACCUUGCUUCUUGAAAGACCUACAGAUGACAGUAUUGAAGUAGCAAUUGGAUUUCUUAAAGAGAGUGGGCUCAAAUUAACAGAAGUGUCUCCUAGAGGCAUUAAUGCAAUCUUUGACCGUCUUCGUCACAUUCUACAUGAAUCUAAAAUUGACAUGCGUGUUCAGUACAUGAUAGAAGUUAUGUUUGCUGUACGGAAGGAUGGCUUCAAAGAUCAUCCAAUCAUUCCAGAGGGAUUAGAUCUAGUGGAAGAGGAGGAUCAGUUUACUCAUAUGUUGCCAUUAGAAGAUGACUAUAACCCAGAGGAUGUGCUUAAUGUUUUCAAGUUGGAUCCUAACUUCAUGGAAAAUGAAGAGAAAUACAAAACACUGAAGAAAGAAAUUCUUGAUGAAGGUGACAGUGAAUCUGAAGCAGAUCAAGAGGCUGGAAGUAGCGAGGAAGAGGAAGAGGAAGAGGAGGAUGAAGAUGGACAGAAAGUUACUAUCCAUGACAAAACAGAAAUUAACCUGGUCUCCUUUCGUCGUACAAUUUAUCUUGCUAUUCAGUCAAGUUUAGACUUUGAAGAAUGUGCUCACAAAUUGCUGAAGAUGGACUUCCCUGAAAGUCAAACUAAAGAACUGUGCAAUAUGAUACUUGACUGCUGUGCUCAGCAAAGAACGUAUGAGAAAUUCUUCGGGUUACUGGCAGGGCGUUUCUGCAUGUUAAAAAAGGAAUACAUGGAAUCCUUUGAAGCUAUUUUCAAGGAACAAUAUGAUACCAUUCAUCGUUUGGAAACAAACAAAUUGAGAAAUGUUGCCAAGAUGUUUGCUCAUCUACUGUACACAGAUUCAAUACCCUGGAGCGUUCUUGAAUGUAUAAUACUGAGUGAAGAAACUACCACAUCCUCUAGUAGAAUUUUUGUCAAAAUAUUCUUUCAGGAACUUAGUGAAUAUAUGGGACUUCCUAAUCUAAAUGCAAGAUUAAAAGAUGAAACAUUGCAGCCUUUCUUUGAGGGAUUAUUGCCUCGGGAUAACCCAAGGAACACUCGCUUUGCCAUCAAUUUCUUCACUUCUAUUGGCCUUGGAGGACUAACGGAUGAGUUACGGGAGCAUCUGAAAAAUGCACCAAAGAUGAUAAUGACACAAAAACAAGAUGUUGAGUCAUCAGAUUCCUCUUUGUCUUCUGAGACCGACUCUUCUUCAGAUUCAGAUUCUGACAGUAGCAGUAGUAGCUCAGAGACAUCCAGUAGCAGUGACUCCUCAUCUAGCAGUGACGACAGCAGUGACUCAGAUGCUGCUAAAUCCAAAAGGAGGAGGAUGCAAAAGAAACAUAGAGAAUUGGAUAAAGUUUCCAGAAAAAAGCAAGGAAGUAAGAAGAAAUCACUUGAAAAGAAAAUAGGAAGGAGACACCAAGAAGAUAGAAGUGAUACUGAGAGAAAGUCAGAAAGAAAUCACCGAAAUUUGAGAGAAAUGCAGAAGAGGGAUGACAUAUAUAAGUAUCAUCACAGAGAUGAGUCCAAUGGCAGAGACAGUUAUCAUAGUGGAAAGGAAAGGAACCAUGAAAGAGGCAAGGAUCUAGAAAAUAAACACAGUAAUUCAAAAACAAAGAAAGCAGAGAGAAGAGCUUCUCUGUCUGAUGAUGAAAAUUACAGACACUGGAGUAAAGAUAAUGGACAUCGCAGUAGAAGAAGGGAAAGGUCAAAAUCUGGAGAAAGAUACCAUAAUAAUUCAAGUCCCAGAGAGGAGGAACAGGAAGACCGAUACAGAAAUGGUUCAGAGAAGCUCCGAGAGAAGUACGACCGUUAUUCUGACCAGUACAGAGAAUCAAGAAAAAAUGAGGACAGACGGAGGGAGAAUUCCCCACACAGGCGAAAAUAAUGGUUAACCAGAAUUUGAAAUGAAUGUGCAUUUCUGAGCUGUUAAAACUGUAUAUUUUAAAAUCUAUUACUGAACUUCCUUUAAAAAAAGAUUUUGUACAAAAGUGAUAGUUUGCAUUUGUAAAUUUUAGCAGAUUUUUUUUCAUUUUUUCCAGUACCACUUUUUUAUAACACCUGCAUUGAAUCUUUCUGUUAAAUUCUUCCUUUGGAAAGAAUUUUUCAUUGAGAGAGAAGACAAAGUUGCUUAUAUUUGUGAAUAAAGCAGUUACCAUCUCAGUGAAAUGAGUGUUUUUGUCACCUAGUUUCAAGUAUUUGUAAUUGUUACUUUACGGGCUGAGUUUCAAGUUUGGUAAUAGUUGAAGAUCAAAGAUACUGAGGCUAGUGUGGUUUAAAAUUUCACAUUACAGUACGAACGUUACAUGAGAAGAUUUUUUUCUUACUCUACAGAUAUCAGCACAAAUGCUUCAGGCAUUCUACAGCUAAUUACCUAUUUUAUAUCCAUAAAUAUGGAAGCAAGU